AUGCCUCUCUGCUGUUGUAAAGAUGAAAACAACAGUACUGUUGAUAAGAUACCGGACACCAUUGAAACAGGUGAAGUGGUGCUGAAGCGUUGUGCCCCUCCGGUGCUUACGCGUGAUGAUUUUGUCGAGGUUCAAGUACAUGUCAAUGUGUAUAGUCUUCUGAAGCGAAAUGGCUGCUUUAAGAAAAUAGGUAUGGGAGUAUUUCACUGCGGUAUCGUUGUCUACGGAAUCGAGUGGGGUUACGGUGAGUGUAUGGAUCCCAACACUGCAUCAGGUCUUUUUUGCGUCUGUCCCGGUCAUGCAGCUGGGUCGCUGUAUCGCACUAUAUGUCUAGGCGUCACUACCCGCUCCCCAGAGCAGGUGGACACAAUUCUUCACAGACUAGAGAAUGAGUGGCGCAGUGCGGACUAUCACAUCCUUGCUCACAACUGCAACCACUUUGCACAACGUUUCUGCGACAUGCUUUCUACUGUGCAAAAGUUACAGUUACCUGCAUGGUGCAAUCGUGCGGCACGUGUGUGCAACAAGGUCGUACCGCGACGACUAGCUUCAUAUAUUCAUCGUAUGAUGGACGAGCCCCCUCCUAAAGCGACACCUGCAGCACCGUCACGCGUAAGGGAACUUCCAACCUCGGUCAUACCACCAUUAUGGUAUAAUUAUUACUGUGUUUCGAAAAACCCACGGUACGUUACACUACAAAACACGGAGUCGGAGAGGCUGUUCUUCAUGCGAGAGAACGGAGAUACACCGCAAGACAAAAAACGAUUUGGCGUACAACAGCCUCGUGUGCCUAAGACGAGGGCAGCCGUUCCCAAAAUAUCCAUCGUGCGACGAGGUGGUGUCGGCGUAGCAGAAUGGAGCACGCUUCGUGAAGGUAGUGCCCCACCACCAGCUCCCAAACGGCGUGGUACAAACGUUACGGACAGUCUUGCUAUGAAAGAUAAAAGUAACGGAGUCUGCAACGGUGAGUCUUCUUCUGCUUCAGAUAGUGAACCUUCAGGGGUUCUAGAUAAACACUCGACGUCUGUAAGGGUUGUUGAUUCCCUACGGUAUAUUCGUGGUGGAAGUGUGUCUGGUGCGAACACGGAUCGUAGAGCGCCAAGUGGCUCGUCGAAGGAGACCCCAGGAGACCGAAUCGAUCCAGAAGAGAGCGAUGAUGAAGAUGAUGCAUUGUAUAGCUCCGAGGAUGGGGCGACCAUAAGGAUAGAAAGAAAGCUCGAAACAGGAAGUUCUCGUACAGAUACAUCAAGUACACCAACGGAUGAGCAUCGCGCUUUCGAAGGGGGUGUUGUUCUCCCCAAUGGCGUGUUAGCCUCAGACUUCUCAUCUGCGGAGGCUUCUCUAAACGAUGCACGUGAGUGUAGGGAGGGCUUUAAUGGAGCGGAGCAACUCAUGAGAAGCAACGACACCGUCAGCCACGUGAUUCAUGUGCAUCAUGGUAAAAUACUUAGGAGUGUCGACCAGAGUCAAACACGGGAUUCUGCAGGUGAGACAUCAUUCGUUGACUCAUCAAGAGGCGUUACAGCAAUGAAGACGAUUGCACCGUCACUGACAGUCACAUCCACAUCUCAAGCAUAUGGUUCAGGAGAUCGUACACGCAACGAAAUAUCUCGGAGUAGUAUUGGCAUGCAUGGCAGCAGUUGUGGUCUCGGAGACCUCUCGUUGCCAUCAACCAGACGAUGUGGAGAAGGCAGUGAUUUACCUGAUGGCGGGGUUGUAGGUUUUUCUUCUGCACCCGCGAGUCGGGCAAUGUGUAGUGAUAGCGUGACAGUGGAGUUGCAGCAUGAGGAGAAUGGCGAUUUGUAUAGUGAUCCUGGAGGUGGGAGGAUUGCAGGGGUUGAUAGCUCGCUAUUUCACACAUCGGUAUCGUCGACAAAAGGAGGUUCCCUCUCAAAUAACUUACCAAAUCCGCUCCUAGCACUAAAUAAGAGACUUGGACCUCAUAUGAGAACUUACUCUUCGCCAUUCUAA